AAGGGCGAAGGAAGGAGAAGGCGCGACGAGACGAGACGAGAGGAGGCGAGGUUUGCUUGCCUGCUUGUCCGAAGCGGAGUGGAGGAGGGCACGGUAGGAAUCCGUUUGGAGUUUGGCAGCAAUGGCGGGAGGUAUGGAUGUGCACAAGAACAAGUUUGUGGAGCAAUGGGCCACCAACAGGGAAAAUUUGGAAUUGGCCUUCAAGUUUAAUCGGCGAACGGUUCCAAUCUGCCUGCUCUUUGGGUUGUUCGUUCCUCUUAUCACUUACCAGGGCAUCACAUCCGAAUUCCAUAAGCAGGAUCAGAUGGCCGGAAGAGCGCCACGCAAGUUUUUAUAGAUGGAUGAAGAUGUGACUCUGAAAUGGAGAAUUUUGUUGAUAGAUGUAAGCGUUGCGCGAAUACAAAACACAAGGGACCCUGCGAGAUUGGCCUUAUGGGACGAUGUGUCUAAAGGAGCUCAGAGAUCGUCCAUCCACUGCAUUUAAGCAGCUAAAAGAGCAUAUUAUUCUGCUGUCCUUCCAAUAAAUUUGGUCUUACGUCUUGAGGGUUGCCAGGUUACUGUCAAGUCAGUGUAGCGGACACAUUUAGCCCCUUGAAUGCCUUCUUUGUUCAAAACUUUCACCAGUCGGUAGUCUGCAUAGAGAGCUUGAAUGUCAAGUUUUAAUAAAAUUGUGAAACUCUAGGUGAGUAAUUUUGGUC